AUGUUAAAAGAGUAGAUUUGAAUAUGGGCACAGCGAAAGCCCCUAUUCUUCUUAGUAGCCGACCAAGCUUUUGUAAUAUUGGGCCUCAGUUUAUAGCGCCGAAAUCAGGAGCAAGGAGAGCGUUUCCUUCUCGGCCACUGACCCAAAUGGAAACCGGCGGAUUAGACUCCGAUGGCCGUACCUUUAAAAACGCGGAGGAGAUGUGGAGAGAAGAAGUAGGGGAUGGUGAUCCCCAGAAGAAGUUCCAGUGGUACAACAAAGGCAUCAAUUACUGGCAAGGCGUGGAAGCUACAGUGGAUGGAGUGCUGGGUGGAUAUGGGCAUGUGAAUACGCCUGAUAUAAAGGCAAGUGAGGAUUUUCUCAACACCAUUUUGGCUGAAAGGUUCCCUGAUGCUGGAAGAGGCCGCCAUCUCGUAACUCUCGAUUGUGGAUCUGGCAUUGGAAGGAUUACUAAAAAUCUUCUUAUACGAUAUUUCAAUGAGGUCGACCUCCUAGAGCCUGUAUCACAUUUUUUGGAAUCUGCUCGGGUAAAUUUAGCUCCUGAAAAUUUAAUGGUGUCAGAGUUGCACAAAGCUGCCAACUUUUAUUGUGUCCCACUUCAGUGCCAAAAUACAGGAGUACAACAACAUACCCAGUGUGAUCGCACAAGUGGGAUUUGGGAGGGUGUUCAUAGUUCGGUCACCUGCUUAACUUUGGGUGUUUUAAAGGAAUUUACUCCUGAUGCUGAAAGAUAUGACGUUAUUUGGGUUCAGUGGUGCAUUGGGCAUCUUGCAGAUGAUGACUUCAUUGCAUUCUUCAAAAGAGCAAAGGUUGGCUUGAAACCUGGUGGACUUUUUGUUCUAAAAGAGAACAUUGCAAGAACAGGAUUUGUGCUGGACAAAGAAGAUAAGAGCAUAACAAGAUCAGAUUCAUAUUUUAAGGAGCUGUUCAAGCAAUGUGGACUACACAUCUACAAGAUGAAGGAUCAAAAGGAAUUUCCUGAUGAAUUAUUUGCUGUGAAGAUGUAUGCAUUGACGACUGAGAUGCCAUGGCAAGGUAAUAGAUCUAGACCUAAACGGGCAACUAAUAGACCCGCUAUCAUCAGAUAAUGAAUCACAUUGGUCUGUAAAUCAUUGUGUGGUAACUUUGGAGAAAGUCAUUCAUAGGUUGUUGUUUUUAUGCCACAUGUAUUCAAGUUGGUCAAUGUAUGCCUCGUUUAGGUUAUUGCUUUUGACUUUCAGCACUAUACACUAAUAGUGUAAGGGUGAUAAGUGUACUUUUAACUUAUUAUAGAUUAUUGUUUAUGGUGAAGUACUUGUGCAACUGAUUUUAGUUUGAA